UUGGUUUAAUUUCGACAACGUCAUCUGGCAACGCAGUGUUCUUCUAGCUCUACUCCAAUCGCCUUGGUUGUGUUGCUGCCGGCAACUGUUCAUUUAUUUGUUGUCGCUGUCUCCAUCAAUGAACGAGGAUACAGUGUCGAUAAUUGUCACAGUUCUCAACGGUGAAAAGUGGAUUGAUAGUUGCUUUCGGUCGAUACUGCAGCAAUGCACAGCUGUGCGCUUGCAAAAACAACAACUGCAACCAAAACAAAUGCACCGAGAACAGCAUAACAAUGUGGAUGGUAAUGAGUUGCUGGCAUAUGUGGCGUCCACUACGGCAAAGGAGGAAGUGGAACAGAAACAAAAGUUUCAAAUUGAGGUUUGUGUCUUUGAUGAUUGCAGCAAAGAUGGCACAGCGGAUAUGUUGAAACUUUGGCAACACAAAUUUAAUAACUACCGGAUACCAAUGCAUAUUGUGCAAAAUGAAAGCGGAAAUUCUAAAGGAGUGGGGUAUGGACGCAAUCGCGCUAUAGAAGCUGCUAGCGGCUUCUAUUUGUGCUUUCAAGAUAUAGACGAUGAAAUGCUGCCAACGCGUAUACAGCAGCAAUACGCGCUAGCGCGCUAUAACCAAGAUGCUCUUAUUGGUUGCAAGUUCGUGCGCGCGCCUGCCAAUUCAACGUGUCGCUUCGCACGCUGGGCAAACGAAUUAGACGACUUAAAAUUGACGCUACAAAUUUACACUGCUAAUGGCCCCACAGUCAUCAUGCCAACAUGGCUAUGCCAUCGGCAGGUCUACGAACGCAUACCUCAGGGUUUUUGUGAACACGGCUAUGGCACACCAGAAGAUCUCAUUUUUUUCUAUGCUCACCUUGACCGCGGCGGACGCGUAAUGCGCGUCAACGACUGCUUGCUACUCUAUCGUUAUCAUCCCGCGGCUACGACGUUCUCAAUUGUAGCGGACACGAUUUGGCAACUGCGCAUGCAACAUUUGCUGAUGCAUGUGCUGUGUCGCGAGCCGUGGCGCAGUGGUUUCACAAUUUGGAAUGCUGGAAAGCGGGGACGUAAAUUUUUUCGCGACUUGCCGCAAGCGGAAAAAUGCAAAGUGCGUGCCUUUUGCGAUGUGGAUGAGAAAAAAAUUAAUAAAUCAUACAAUCAUUACGAUGAGGCAGCGCAUCGCUUCACAUACUUAGUGCCCAUUGUGCAUUUCAAGCACGCGCGACCACCACUGCUUAUUUGCAUGAAAUUAGAUCUCACCAAUGGUGCUUUCGAAGAGAAUCUAAAUAGUUUAAAUUUAAGCGAAGGAAGGGACUACGUAUUAUUUACGUAAGUUAGGCGAAGCAAAGGGAGCAUGGAGCAUUACUUUACACAAUAUUGAUUAUAUGUAUUUUGCUGUAUUAACAUUGUGAGUUACCCAACCUUAUGCAAUUGUGAUAAUGUACA